GACUAGCGCUAGCGGAAACGUCAUGAAGUGACAGCAGCAGCAGCAGCAGCGCGCGGUGAGUCGAGCGCUCGCCCCGUUUCCCGUUCUCGGACGAAAUCUAGCGUCCGUUUGGUCGAUCAGACCUCCGAUUCCCGGCCUAGCCAUGGACGAGCAGGCGGGCCCCGGUGUGUUCUUCAACAACAACAACAACUCGGUUCUUCCCGGCGGAGCGAAAGCGCCUCAACCGGGCGACGACGGCGGCGGCGGCGGAGAAACGGCCCGCGCUCAGUAUAGUAUUCCGGGGAUUUUACACUUUCUGCAGCACGAGUGGGCCCGGUUCGAGGUGGAACGGACGCAAUGGGAGAUGGAACGGGCCGAACUGCAGGCUCAGAUUGCGUUCCUGCAGGGCGAGAGGAAAGGCCAGGAGAACCUGAAGAAGGAUCUGGUGAGACGGAUAAAGAUGCUGGAAUAUGCUCUCAAACAGGAGCGGUCCAAAUACCACAAGCUGAAGUACGGGACGGAGCUCAACCAGGGAGACAUGAAACCCCCCAGCUACGACUCGGAUGAGGGCAACGAGAAUGAGGCUCUUCCUGAACCACCCAACAGUCAGCUGAGCUGGAAACAGGGACGACAGCUGCUGAGACAGUACCUGCAGGAGGUGGGCUACACCGACACCAUCCUGGAUGUGAAGUCGCAGCGGGUCAAAGCACUGCUCGGACUGACGGGAGACAGCGGAGAGAGACCCGGAGACAAGCGGACCGAGCCCAUGGUGAACGGGACCGAGCCGUCCUCGCUGAAGGACAGCACCACCACCAUGAUCGGUAAAGCGGAGAUGUCGGAAUCUGCCACGGUGCUGGAAGCCUUCAAGUUCAUCGAGAAAGCCGCGGCUGAGUUCAGCGAUGAAGAGGAUGACGACGACAGCGAGGGACAGAACAAGACCAUCGUGGACCUCACCACCAUGGUGAGGAGGAAGGUGUCUCCGUCUCCCUCCUCUUCCUCAGCUGACAUGAGCGACGACUUGGACACGGAUGAGGUUCUGAAGGGCUUCGACUUUCUGGCCAAUAGUGAGGACAUGGAGGGCCCGUCUGAAACGCCGUCCUCCGGAGAGCGAGCCGACUGGGAAAAGGAAGAGCAGAGCCCCUCGUCUGAGUCCUGGGACGUGGAUGAGGGUCUGAUCUCUAAACUCAAGGAACAGUACAAGAAGGAGCGCAAGGGCAAGAAAGGGGUGAAGAGGCCGAACCGCUGUAAGCUGCAGGACAUGCUGGCUAACCUGCGUGAAGCCGAGGAUCUGUCGUCCAUCCAGCCGCCGGUGCCUCCUCCCGUCCGUCCCAGCCUGCCCCGGCUCAACGAGCAUCCGCUGGGACGCACCGACGAGGUUGAAGCCCUGACGUUCCCCCCGUCCUCGGGAAAGUCCUUCAUCAUGGGGACAGACGAGACGCUGGAGAGCGAACUGGGUCUCGGAGAACUGGCCGGACUCACUGUGGCUAACGAGGCCGAGAAUCUGUCCUACGACAUCACUAAUAAUAAAGACGCCCUGCGGAAGACGUGGAACCCCAAGUUCACUCUCAGAAACCACUUUGAUUCGAUCCGCGGUCUUGCGUUUCACCCCAUUGAGCCGGUUCUGAUCACCGCGUCUGAAGAUCACACGCUGAAAAUGUGGAACCUGCAGAAAACCGCCCCGACCAAGAAGUGCGCCGCUCUGGAUGUGGAGCCCAUCUACACAUUCAGGGCUCACAGGGGUCCGGUUCUGUGUGUGGUGAUGAGCUCCAGCGGUGAUCAGUGUUUCAGCGGCGGUUUGGACGGGACCAUUCAGUGCUGGAACACGCCGAACCCCAACAUCGAUCCGUACGAUUCAUACGAGCCGUCGGUGCUGCGGGGGGCGCUGUCUGGACACACAGAUGCGGUCUGGGGUUUGGUCUACAGCUCGGCUCAUCACAGACUGCUCUCCUGCUCCGGCGACGGGACGGUGAGGCUGUGGAGCGCAGCGGACACCACGCCCGCCAUCGCUGUCUUCAACGAGGACAAAGAGCUUGGCAUCCCAUCGUCGGUGGAUCUGGUUUGCAGUGAUCCGGCUCACAUGGUCACGGCCUUCACUAACGGCAGGAUGGGCAUCUUCAACAUGGAGACCCGACAACUAGUGCUGGAGCUCGAGUCGCAAGUGGACGGAAAACCCGAUGCGCCGUGUCAGAUUAAUAAAGUUCUCAGUCACCCGACGCUGCCCAUCACCAUCACAGCACAGGAGGACCGACACAUCCGAUUCUACGACAACAACACAGGCAAGUUGAUUCACUCCAUGGUCGCUCAUCUGGAUGCUGUCACCAGUCUUGCGGUGGAUCCCAACGGUCUCUAUCUGAUGUCUGGUAGUCACGACUGCUCGGUGCGUCUGUGGAACAUGGAGAGCAAGACGUGCAUCCAGGAGUUCACGGCUCACAGGAAGAAGUUCGACGAGUCCAUCAACGACGUGGCGUUCCACCCCACCAAGUGCUACAUCGGCAGCGCUGGAGCCGACGCCCUCGCCAAAGUCUUCGUAUGACCUUCGACCUUUGACCAAACCGGCUUCCACAGACUGAUGUGCGUUGAGGCCUGAACUCGCACCUGAACUCUGAUGAUCCGGGCAGGCCUGGGUGCUCGAGGGGAGGUCAACAAACACGGAGGAACGCCAGAGGAACCUCCAAACACCUCCUCCGUUCAGCCUCACAGGAAGUUGGGAGCUUCCCACACUUCUGCAGUUUUAGUUUUCCUCUCUGGUUUUUCCCGUCUUGCGUUAGCUCCUUUUUAACGACGUGCCUUUUGCUUCAAACAGUCUCAAGAAACGCAGAUUCUCUUCGAGGGAAAACGAACCCUGUCCAUGUUUUAAACUCACCAAAUGCGUCAAAUUAUUCUAGUUUCUCACAAAAUCUCGAUGGGAAACACGUGAAAUGAAAUGCAUUGAAUUAAAAGACUCAAAUUUAAUGCUUCUCUUGUCUGGCAGACAAUGAAUUCAAAUUGUACAUAAUAUAACAUAAAAAUAACUCUUGCAGUACUAAAUUUCUACAUGUUUGUGUCCAAAUAUAAAUCCAUCAUCGUCCGACUCAUUUCGCCCCAAAAUCAAGAAAAUAAAGCCUGUUUGAAACGUUUUUGUUUUUUGCAUUGUGGCAUAGUUUGUAAAAUGUCAGAAUGUUAAACAAAUUAUUAGGUCUAAAAGCUUUCUUUAUAAUUUCUGUGAUUUUGUGGUGAAAUACAUCCUGGAUGAUGUUUUUGAGAUUCAAGCGUCAACUCUUAAACACUCCAAAGCCGUUCACCAUCAGGACGUACAUCUCGAUUUAGUGCUGCGUUAAAUAUUUAAGCUGUUAUUUUACUCAUAAACCUGCAGUUUCUCCUGAGGGUUUGCAGUCGAUCUGGUAAAACUCGUCUGUUCUGUGAAAUCAUCUCAACAUUGUGAUGUACCAACAAACAUGGAGACAAAAGUUUAGAUUUAGAGCCGUUACUGAAUAUUUGUUGAACUUAGUCAAAGUGAUAAUGCGCAGAAGUCUUAAAAUAGUUUGAAUGUGUUGCAGUUUUUGACAAGCUGUACUCAAAGUACAAUGAUUCGGAAGUCUAUAUUUGUCUGAAAUCUGUUGUAAUGUUUAUUUAUUUUUUGCCUUUUUUUUUUUUUUACUUGUUUUGCCUAUAAUGCCAAAUGCAUUAGGAUUUCGCUUCAGGAAGGGACGAGCGGGUACAUAAACACCUUCAUCUGGUUCCUCUGACGUCAGUAUCGCUCACUCAUCCUCACCUUCUCUACCUGCACAGGUGGUGGUUUGUGUAUUAGCUGAAAAUGAUUUGAAAUCUAUUUUAUAUGUAAUAGUUUGAAGCGGAUACUAGUGUUUUUUAUCAUUGUAUGACUGGUGACCGAGGUUGCAAACAGAUCGUAACCCAAGUUUCCUGCAGGUUGAGGUUUUUUUAUUUGAAACUCUUCUGGUUUAUUUGAAUUUGUCUGUGAUUACUUGAACUAUCUGGGCGUGUGUGUGUGUGGGUCUGCGUGUUUUUAACUGCUAGGGUAGAGAUUUUCUGCUUUUAUCGGGAAUCGUUUGCCUUUAACUGAUGACAUGAGCACUACAAGACGAGCAGAGUGUUUGUGCGUUUCCUUCAGGUCUGUGAAAAGUGACGCGACUUUGCUACUCUACCAAAUGAUGAUAAAGGACUAGUUUAGACAAAUAUGAAAUCCAUCACUGUUUACUCACCUUCAUGUCACUGCAAACUUAGCUUGUUUCUGACACAAGAUAAAGAAAUGACGGAAUUGUGAGAAAAAAUUCGCAAUUACUUAUUUUUCUCAGAAUUAUGGGUUUGUAUCAUACAAUUGUUUUUUUUUUUCCUGCCACGAUUUGAAAAAGUGGUUGUUGCGAAAAAAAAAAAAAAAAAAAUUCGGUUUACAUUUCGCAAUUUUUUUUUCCGCCACAGAAUUUAUAAAAAAAAAAAAAGGUAAAUGCAGAUUUUUAUCUCAUAAUUUGGACUUUUAGCAAAAAAAAAAAAAAUUGCGAGAUGUAAAAUCAAAAUUGUGACCAUCAGAAUACAAGGAAAAUUUUGAUUAUUGAGUUUAUUUUUUGCAAUUUAGAGUUUAUAUCUUGUAAUUCUUACUUUGUUCUCAGACUUGCAAGUUUAUAUCCGAAUUCCAUAAUGAUAAAAAGUCGCAAUUACCUUUUUUUUUUUUUUUUUUAUUCCAUGGCGGAAAUUUAAAAAAAAAUAAAUAAAUAGCAAGAUGUGAACUCAAAAUCCUACGAAAAAAAGUCGGAAUUGCGACGUUAUCAUAUAUUCCGCAAUUCUGAGUUUAUAUAUUGAGUUUAUAUUAAACUCAGAAUUGCAACUCGCAGUUCUAAGAAAAAAAGUCUGAAUUGAGAGUUUACAUCGCGCAAUUAUUUUAUUUUAUUUUUAUUUUUUUAGAAUUGUUUAUAUCGCAAUUCUGAGUUUUUCUCACAAUUAAGACUUUUUUUUUCUCAGAAUCCCAGAAUUGCGAGUUUAUAUCUGAAUUGUGAGAUGAAAAUUUUUUAUCCAAUUGCGAAAACAGCCUUCCGUACAAACCCGUGCGACACAACGAUGAAUGUCUGAGCUGCUCUUUUACAUUAAGGUGUGGAAAACAGAAGCUGCCUCACAUUUACCGUUGCAUUUCAUGGAGAUAUAAAAACUGGAUUUGAUCGACAUGACGGUGAUUUAAAUAGUUAUUUUUUUCAUUUUUGCAUUCUAUUCCUUUAAAUCCGAAGCGCGUUUGACUUUAAGCUCGUGCACAGAGCGCUGGUUUUGGGACGUUGCUAGGGAACCGUGUGCGUGCGUGCGCGUCCAUGUUUUCGUACUAGUAAAUAUAUUUUCUGAUUUUGUUCAUUUUGGUGCGUAUUAAUUUUAGAUAUAUAAGAAAGAAUCUCAAUAUGUAUAGUUUUAAAGUAUUGAUCAACAAUCUAUUUAUGAACCAGAAUACAGUGUAUAUUAACCUGCGAAGCUAACAGUGAAGAUUAACCAAUAUUUGUGAUACUAGUCUUGCGGGAGAGUUUAGUUCGCGCCACCUGCUGGUCAGAGAUGGGAACUGUACAGCUGACUCGGCUACUGAAGAUACUAAAGUGCUAUUGAUCAACGCGAUUUGAUUAUUUGGUUACUGAUCGAUUGACGUGCUUACCGGAAACAUCAGAGUAUUUGAAGGGAACGAUGACGCGAUUUGAUUGGACGAUCAGACGAUGACGUCAUGACGGGAUGCGCCUGUAUAGAGCUGUCACUGAACUUUUAACCCUUUGGUUGUAUAAAGAGAGUUUGGAAAGAUCGUGUUAAUAAAUGCUAUACUCCUCUUGUACAUAUUUUAUUAUUGAUAUUACUGUUUAUUCUUGAUUUUCUCGUUGUAUUCUCUUUUUUUUCCUCAGAUGGACAUUUAUCAGUAUAAUACAAUAAUAAAAGAAUAUGUUGUAUUUCA